GGAGAAAAGAAGGAGGUGGGGAGCAGUCAGAGGAGCCGAGGGAGGGACUAUAAACGGUAGAAGUUAGUCUGAAAAUUCAGCACUUCGUCUUCCUCGCCUUUCAUCGCAGGAUUUAAGGACUUCUUCACUAAGGAAACAGAUCCACAUCAGCCAUGGGUGUAGAGGGGGGAAUGAAAUGUGUCAAGUUCCUGCUCUUCUUUUUCAACUUCAUUUUCUGGUUAUGUGGCCUAGCGUUGAUUGUCGUGGGAAUCCUGGUUCAAGUGGCUUUGCACAAAACCUUCAUGAUCAAAGAUGCGUCAGCCUCAGGAGCGCCCAUUGUCCUCAUCGGAGUCGGUGUGGUGAUUUUCUUCAUCGCAUUCUUCGGCUGCUGCGGUGCCUGGAAAGAGAACUACUGCAUGAUCACCACGUUUGCCAUCUUCCUCUCACUGGUCAUCAUUGUUGAGAUUGCAGCAGCAAUUGCUGGAUACGUCUUCAGAAACAAACUCUCAGCUGUUGUGCAGGAUAGUCUCACUGAAAUGAUUUCCAGCUACAACAACGGUACAGCUGAAUUCAAAGACGCAGUGAAUAAACUGCAGGAGGAUUUGAAAUGCUGUGGCGUGAACAGCUCGUCCGACUGGAGAAACUUCAGACCUGAAGGAAACUCUGUGCCUGACUCAUGCUGUGUGAAUGUCACUACAAACUGUGGAAUCGGGACCAUGACAGACGCUGCCAAAGUGCACCAGGAGGGUUGUCACGAUGCUGUGGAGGCUUUACUGAAGAAAAACAUCCAGUGGGUGAUAGUUGCAGCUCUUGUUAUUGCUUUCCUGCAGAUAAUGGGCAUCGUGUUCGCCUGCUUGUUGAUGAGAGGCAUCCGCAGCGGCUACGAAGUCAUGUGAUUCAGCUUCGCACCUGAGUAGGAGUUGGCUAUUCAGAUCAUGUUUAUCAAGAGCUUCUUUUGGAAACUUUUAAUGUGUUCGUCUUAUACUUAUAGUAGACAGAACAAUAUAUUUUCCCUUGUAUUGAUUUUGGAUUUUAUUUUCAUAGGUUAACAAUAGCUCUGCUUUGACACUGUUAGAGCUUAGAAAAAUUUGAAUGAUAGAAAAGGUAUUGUCAGUGUAUGUUCCUGUUUGUGGCGGGAAAUUCUAGCAUGUUUUACUUUGCUUAUUCUGUUAAGAGACAUCUGAGAUCUGUUUUGGCCUCAAGUUUUUAUGUUUGGCUGGUUCCCGGUUUCUUUUUUAUUAAAGACUCUUAAAUUACAUCUGCUUUAAGGAUAAAUACACACAGGGGGAAGUAAAUGCACCAUAGAAGUAUUUAUUUCACACACAGCUCCAUUACUGUGUAUUUAAUAUUGGCACAGCAACACAACAUUCACAACCUUUUGAGCAAAUGAUAUCGCAUAUUAAAAUAAAUCAAACAGAACAUAAUGUUUGCUAAUCAUAUUUCAGAUAUAUUGCGCCAGUCCUUGCAAAAGGCACAGGAAGCACAUGACAUUUCCCAUUUUACACUUUACGACACCAAACACCAACACAGGGGAUGUGCUGUUCCUGUUUCCCCAAAGUUGGCUAAAAGCUUGAAUGAAACUCUGUGCAGACGUAUGGUCUGAUCAGAACACGUUAAUGUAAUUUUAAGCCUCAAAAGCAAGAAAACGUCAAGUAAACAAUAAAGUAAAGUGCCAUCACGACCCUUUUCAGAGAGCUUGAAAGGCUGUGCUGCACCCCGAAAAGGUUUCCGAGGAUAUGAAUCUACAAUAUAAAGCUGAGCUUCUUAUCACACAAGCAAGCCUGAAUGUCUUUGCAAGUAAUAAUUGGGCUUUUUUUUUUCUAUUUAGGAUCCAGCAACAUAUUUUUUCCUUUUAGAAGGUGUCUUUGUGUAAUCUAAAGAUUUUUCAUCCUGAACAGUCAUUCCAUAUUUGACCAUGCAUCCUUUCUUCAACACUGUUGCUACAAAAUUCCUCUUUUACAGGUUAUCUACGGUUUUAUCAUGACCAGCAAUACUCAUUGUAAAGAAAUAAGAUCAGACCACACAGUGAGGAAAUGUAUACGACAAUACAGUACACGUUUGAUGUGAACAUGUCAAAAUCUUAAACACGCCCACAGAAAAGCA